CAAUGGCAGACACCGUGGUUGACAGUGCUGCCACAUGUUUGUCCAUUUAAUUUCCGCCAGUGUUUUUAUGCAAAAAGGCAUCGAUUAAGGGUAUUUUUAUCAAAAUUUGAGUAGAGCGAAUUAUUCUAAACAUUUACCAGUUUCUCCAUGGACACAGUGAAGGUGCAUUCGAAAGUAAUACAUUUUGCCAGCAAGUAACGGAUUCUGGAAAGAAGAGGAAGUAGGUUAGGUUAACUUCAAGUCGCAUCGCACUUUUAUAUGCUCCCGUAUUUAAUACAACGACCAAACGAAAAUGUCAAACGAAAGCAGAGGACCUGUUCCGCCUCGCUGGCUUCACUGUCCGCGUAAGGCGAUGAGGCUGAUACAAGGCAAGUUUCUAGCCUUCAAGACGCCACUGUCCUCAACCUACGACAACCAAGUGCCCGAGGAAUGUCGCUUCAAUGUGGAUAUGUUCUUUGCAAAUCUGAAGAGUCAAAAAUUAAAGAUGGGUCUUUGGAUAGACUUAACGAAUACGACGAGAUUCUACGAUAGAAAGACCAUAGAGGAUUAUGGCUGCAAAUAUUUGAAAUUGCAAUGCAGAGGUCACGGUGAGACUCCAUCGGAAGAGCAGACCCAUACCUUUGUGCAGGUAUGCAGAAACUUUAUUGCGCACAAUCCACUGGAGAUCAUCGGUGUGCAUUGCACGCAUGGUUUUAAUAGAACUGGAUUCCUCGUAAUCAGUUACUUAGUGGAAAUAGACGGUAGCAGCGUUGAUGCUGCAUUAGCCGAGUUUGCCACUGUGAGACCUCCUGGAAUUUACAAAGAUGAUUAUAUAAAGGAGUUAUACAGGCGAUAUGACGAUGUGGAAGAUGCUCCUCCUCCACCACCGAGACCAUCGUGGUGUUUGGAAUUUGAUGAUUCGAACAUUGAGGAUACGGACGAGGGACCGAGCACAGAAAAUGAAAAUUCAUGUUAUGAGGAAGGGCAAGGCAAGAAAAGGAGACGUGAAUUUAAUAAUAAGAAUCCGAUAUUUAUGCCAGGUGUGCCUGGUGUUACACCUAUUUUAGAGAAAAUGAGACUGUCAGGAAUUCAAAAGCGAGUCCAAGAAAUUUGUGGCUGGAAGUCUACAGGAUUUCCCGGUUCCCAACCUAUAUCCAUGGAUGUUGAUAAUAUAAUGUUAUUGCACACAAAGCCAUAUAGAGUAUCCUGGAAGGCAGAUGGCACAAGGUACAUGAUGCUAGUACAAGGAGACAGAGAAGUGUAUUUCAUAGAUAGAGAUAAUAGCGUUUUUGAAGUAAAUGGAUUGAAAUUUCCACAUGUGCGAGACAUAAAUAGAUGUCUGAGAGAUACUCUAAUGGAUGGUGAAAUGGUGAUCGACAAAGACAAGGGCAAGAAUAUUCCUAGAUAUUUAGUAUAUGAUGUUAUUAUGUAUGAUGGGCAGGACGUUAGUAAAUUAAUGUUUCAUCCCGACCGUUAUUCCAUUAUCGAAAAUAAAAUAAUCGCCGGUAGGCUGAAAGCUAUGAAGGAGGGACGAUUAUUGAAGGAACGAGAACCCUUUUCAGUGCGAGUAAAAUAUUUCUGGGAUGUAACGUUAAGCAAAGAUUUAUUAGGCGAGAAAUUCGCUAAGCAGCUCUCUCACGAACCAGACGGUUUGAUAUUUCAGCCCGCCAAGGAAAAAUAUUGUACGGGAGUAUCUCCGGAGGUUUUAAAAUGGAAACCGCAAUCAUUGAAUUCUGUUGACUUUCGACUCAAAAUUGUUACGGAAACGGGCGUAGGAAUAUUGCCGCGAAAAGUCGGGCAUCUUUAUGUGGGUGGACUGAAAACGCCGUAUGGCGUGCUUCCAAAACUUACUAAGCAACUCAAAGAAUUAGAUAAUGCGAUUAUUGAGUGUAAAUUUGACAAUGGUCAAUGGAUCUUCAUGCGUCAACGAAUUGACAAAUCGUUUCCUAAUUCACAUAAUACCGCCGAUUCUGUGUACAAAAGUAUUAACAAGCCAGUUACAAAAGAGCGACUUUUGGAAUUUAUCGAGAAAUAUAGAUUUGUACAAGAUGAUUCGGAUCUUAUGCCACCACCAAACAAAAGACCUAGAUAAUUUUAGAUAUUUUAUAAGAUUCUUCUCUUCCUUGUAUUUAUGUAAUGAGAUUUUAAUUGCAUAAGUAUCGCGUAAUAUUCAUAUCUUAAAUAGAUUGUUUAUAUGAUCAAAAUGAAGCAUGAUAGCGAUUUAUAUUUAUUUAAGAUAUAGGUAUUUGAAUUUUUAAGGCAUUUUAACUUGAUUUUGAAUUUUACGUUAUAUAUUUUGGAUGUGAUCAAGUUGAAGUAAUUUUUCUCAAGAAUGUUAAUAUGCAUUGAAUGAAGAUAACAGUUUGCAUAUAUUUUCUUUGUCGAAAAAAUAGGGAGCGAAGAUAAAAAAUAAUAUA